UUUCGUAAAAUUUUCCCAUAACUUGUACACAAAAUUUUCUGUAAGGCGGUAGAGUCCUGAGAGACAUGCAGGCCCACCAUGCCAUGCCGGACUUUCGGUGCCGCAACAACUGCCAGCACAAGGAGUGCCAGCGGCAUGCCCCCUUGGGGAUCAUCGAUCAGCACACGCAGUGCAAGUGCCUGGGCGAAGUGAAUGCCUCGUCGAUCUUCCUGGAGAAUGUCCUGGAUCUGGCCAAUACGCUGGCCCAGAUCAUGAUCACGUGCGGGCUGCACGAGUGCAAGGCCAAGUCGACGGUGGACAUCAUCACGUAUGCCUUUCUGCACUACGAUCAGGUGUGCUACUGCAUCGAUACCACGCCAAAGAAGCGCCUGCGGAAGGAGGAUCUGUUCCACGAGUUGGGCAAGAAGUCGCUGAUGAACAAAGUGGAGGCCCAUCUGGCGUACAACAUCAUCAAGCGGGGCUUCAAGGCCUUCUACUACGAACCGAAGGCGGAGUUGACCUACGACGAGCAGGGCAGACCCUCGUACAACGACGAGUGCGUGUGGGUGCAUGCCGCCAGGAAGACUGCCGAGAGCUAUGCCCGUUUCGAUGGGCUCUCCUGCAGCGACCAACUGGCCUACGAGGCCAAGAUCAAGAUCGCCUACAAGAAGUUCUACGACCGGAUGCAGACCCGCAAGCGGCAGCCAGAGGGCGACGACUGCAACUGUUGCUUCUGUGCCAAGAAGCGGGGACACCUGGUCUAUGCCAAGGAGCCGGUGCCGUGCAGCACCAAGAAGAAGCCCAAGCACGUGUGCCCGUACUGCUGCAAGAAGAAGCAAAAGAAGACGUAUGUCCAUCCGGCACGGCAGCCAGCCAAGUGCCCCAAGUGCCACAAAUCGCGCAAGUUCUGCUGCUGUACGAAGCUCGACUUCAACCUCCAGUGGGUGCGUAGUAUCUGGGAGCGACCGGACUUCAAUCAGUACUAUAAGAACGAGAUUGCUGAGAUCGAGGAUCGCCUCAUCAAGGGCUCUUGCUGGCUGCCGCCAGAGCCCCUGGGCGAGCUACUCGGUGACGAGGAGGGCGAGGAAGAGGAGGAUGACGGCCAUGAGAUGCCACCCGAUACUCUGCUGGCACUGGCCGGCAAGACCCCUGCCACUAUAGAGGCCCCUGCUGCGGAGGAAGCUGCCGAAAAGGUGUCUGAGAAGGGCUCUGUAACAUCCGCCAAUGCGGCAGAGGAGUAGCUUCUCUCAGCUCUCCCAAUGAAACCUCUGCUAACCGCAUCCUAAAUUACAUUCAAAUUUUCUGUCUGCAACAAAUUUUUAGUUUAAAAUUCAACGGACUUUAUGGUAUAAUUCAAAUGUUAAUACAAUAGAACUGCACGAAAACUACAACUAA